CAGUAAAAUUUUUUAUUAUCAUUCGCCAACAUGAAAGUUCAAACAGUUAUUUAUUUGUGUGUAAUAUUUUAUCCUAUUGUUUUCGCUAAGAGUGUGAAAAUUAUUGGUGGUACCGUAGCAGACAUCAGAGAAUUUCCAUAUAUGGCAUCAUUUAGAUAUCCUAACGGAGUACUUUUUUGUGCUGGUACUAUUAUUAGUAACCGACAUAUUCUAACAGCAGCUCACUGCUUCGAGUUUUCCAAUACUUUUGAUGAAAUGAAAAUAUGUACAGGAACGAGUGAAUUGAAAAAUUGCUCUGGAACACUACAUAAGCCGAAGCAUAUCGAAAUCCAUCCAGAGUUUACAGGAGAAAUGUCAGAGACGUCGAAAGUACAUCAUGAUUUAGCUGUUGUUACGGUAAAUAAAUGUAUUAAAUUCAAUGAAGUUCAAAAUAAGAUAAACCUUCCCACGAUCGAUGUUUUACCAGGCGCUAAUGCUGUAUUUAGCGGAUGGGGUAAGACAUCUUAUCCAAUGUUUGAUCUCUCGGCAGAACUGCGAAAAGCUUCUACGAAAAUUCUUAGUAAUUCUGAAUGUUCGAAUAUUCAAGAAUUUAGUGUUCAUGCUGAACAAAUUUGUGCCUAUGAAAAGGAUGGAGUCGGUGCAUGUGAUGGUGAUAGUGGAGGGCCAUUGAUAGUAUAA